AUGGACGUGGACGUGGCUAUGGGAACGAAAAGCGAGAAGGAGAUGAAGUCAAACAUCCAAUGGGAGAUUUAUGUGGGAGAUUUCAUUCUGGACCUGGAUGUGCAGCAUGGGUUGGGAGAUUCAAGAUUGGCCUGGAUGAAGAACCGGCCAAUUGAUGGUUCAAGUGAAGAUAGGAGAUGCACACAAAACACUACAAUAGUCAGAGUCACCUUAAAUAACAUGGUACCAAAGAAUCAAUGA